GAGUAGACGCGGCUGUGACAAAAAGCCGAUUACAGAAGGCCACUGAGUCCUCUGUGGCAAUUUGCAUCCAUCCUCUCCUGGUCAUUCCAGAGGAAAACACAUCCGCGGAUCAAGUUUGUGGUUUUUCACGGAGCAGGAUUAAUUCAUCAGAAAACGUUUUACAACUUUUCUAUUAUUUAUACAUAUAUAACUUUGAGGAUUUCUCUUUUUUUGAGUGUUGUAGUUUUUUUUUUAAAUUUAUUUAUUUUUUUAACUUGGACACAAAAUACUAAAUGGAAGUUUUAAUAAACAUUUAGAUCUCAAGACAAGUUAAAGGAAAACUUUUAACUUUUUUGAGUUUCAAGUGAAAAUCAUACAGAAAUGACCAGCCCUUCUAGGAGCAUAGACGAUCAGAGAGGAACCGCAGACAGUCCGGCUCACAAAGCGGAGACCCCCCGGUACCGCAGCUGGAGCAGCCUGCGCUUCUCCAGAUGGAGGAGCAGCUCCCAGAGGACGACUCCUCCGAGCAGCCCCUCUCCAAAGACCGAAAAGAGAAGCGACAUUUCCCGGACUCUCUUCACUCUGGUCAAGACCCACAAUGACGACUACACGGCAGACCCGGACGGCACCCUGGACAUGGGAGCAGAGGCCGAGGUCGGCCUGGAGGACCUGCUGCAGGAUCAGUCCACGUACUUCCAGAAGCAGUUCGGCUCCAUGCUGCAGCCCGGCGUCAACAAGUUCUCACUGCGCAUGUUCGGCAGUCACAAGGGGGUCGCGGCAGAGCAGGAAAGGGUCAAGAGCUUUGGGGUGUGGAUCAUCCACCCCUACAGUGAUUUCAGGUUUUACUGGGAUAUUGUGAUGCUUCUUCUGAUGAUGGGUAAUCUGGUCAUCCUGCCCUGGGGAAUCACCUUCUUUGAAGACCAAAACACCCUGCCCUGGAUCAUCUUCAAUUUCCUCUCCGACACCCUCUUCCUCAUGGAUCUAGUCUUCAACUUUCGUACCGGUAUCCCGGGAGAGGACAGUCACAUUAUUCUGGACCCCAAAGAGAUCCGCAUGCAUUAUCUCCGCACCUGGUUCCUGGUAGACUUUGUUUCCUCCAUCCCUGUUGAUUACAUUUUUCUAAUUGUUGACCUGGAGUCCCGCCAUGAGUCGUCUGAUGUGUACAGGACGGCCCGUGCUCUGAGGAUUGUGCGUUUCACCAAGAUCCUCAGUCUGCUCCGUCUUCUCCGACUCUCACGUCUCAUCCGAUACAUCCAUCAGUGGGAAGAGAUUUUCCACAUGACUUAUGACUUGGCCAGUGCUGUGGUGCGUAUAGUCAACUUGAUUGGUAUGAUGCUGCUGCUGUGCCACUGGGAUGGCUGUCUGACCUUCAUGGUUCCUAUGCUGCAAGACUUUCCUCCGGACUGUUGGGUAUCUAAAAACAACAUGGUGAACGCCACCUGGCAUAUACAGUACUCCUACGCCCUGUUCAUGGCCAUGAGUCACAUGUUAUGUAUAGGAUACGGCGCUCACCCUCCAGAGGGCAUGACCGAUGUUUGGCUCACUAUGAUCAGCAUGGUUGUUGGGGCCACCUGCUAUGCCAUGUUCCUGGGUCACGCAACUAACCUGGUCCAAUCUUUGGAUGCAUCCCAUCGCCAGUAUCAGGAGAAGUACAAGCAAGUGGAGCAGUAUAUGUCGUUUCAUAAACUGCCGGCCGAUGUGCGGCAGAGGAUUCAUGACUACUAUGAGCACCGAUUCCAAGGCAAGAUGUUUGAUGAAGACAGCAUACUGGGAGAACUCAGCGACCCACUGAAGGAGGAGAUUGUCAGCUAUAACUGCCGUGGACUUGUCGCCAACAUGCCGCUCUUUGCCAACACCGACCCUCACUUUGUCACCGUGAUCCUGACCAAGCUGCGCUUUGAAGUUUUCCAGCCGGGAGACUAUGUAAUACGAGAGGGAACGCUGGGUCGGAAAAUGUAUUUCAUCCAGCAUGGCACCGUCACGAUUAUCCCGCGUGGCAGUAAGGAGUUAGUGCUCAGUGAUGGAGCCUACUUUGGAGAGAUCUGCCUACUAACUCAGGGCCGACGGACGGCCAGCGUGAGGGCCGACACCUACUGUCGCCUUUAUUCGCUGAGUGUGGACGACUUCAACGAAGUCCUGGAGGAGCAUCCUCUGAUGAGGCGGGCGUUUGAGAGCGUGGCUGUGGAGCGACUGGAUCGAGUUUCACGCAGAUCCAGUUAUCAGCCUCCAACGACUGAGUCUGAGUGAAGGAAGAAGAAAGAGAAAGAGACUCCCGCCAGACACACAAAGCACUUUUUAACAGAUCUAAAGAAAAUAAAAAAAUACAGAUGUUGCUGAAUGCUGCAUCACUUGAUUGAAACUAUUCCACAUUCAUUAAUUAGAAAUUGUCACUUGAAUAUUAAAACUCAACAUGUUUACGUGGAUUUUAUUGAUGUUCACAAACUGAGUAAACCUUUGUCAGUGCUUUUUCCAGUUUUUUCUUCUGUAUAACUGAGAGUUAUAGAUCCACAUGUUUUUUUUUAAACAAGUUAUAGACUGUUAGCCAUAUAAAUCAGGUGUUCAAGCAGAAACACAUAAAAAUAUAAAUCCACUGGACCUCAUGGACUGGAUUUCUGUUUGCCCAGCACUGGGAUGGGGGCAGCAGAUGGUGGUGCAUCAUGAAGCUUUCUGAUUCAAAUGAUCCCUAAGAUCUGUAUGUUGUGUCACAUGGAGGUUAAUACCGAUGGCCGAUAAGCUCCAGUGAUGUAAUAACUCAACUGUGAACGCAGCUGCAGGUGGUGGUGAACUUUUACAUCACCUAUUUUUCUCAUUUGUCAUUGUCAGGAUUUAUAGUUACACUGGGUUUCAAAGAAUAAUGUCUUUUUAAAUUUUAAAUGAUCAGACGCACAAAUAAAUAAAUAAAUGAAUAAAACUCUCAGUAUGCUUAUACUUUACCAGAUUGAAUCACUUAAAUUCUGCUGAUAUAUGAUUCUUGUCAAGCACUUUUCACCAGGAAGAGAGGCAAAGGCAGGCGGAGAAAAGGUAAAACUGAGUUUGUUUGCAUUUUUUCUCAUCAACUGCCUCUUGUUUUACAUGCUUAAGAUCCUUUUUGUUUCUAAAGUGUUUCGGUCAAAACAGGUCUUUAAUAGAGUGGUGGUAAUAAUUUAAAUUGUAUAAAAUUAAAAUUUGAGGGACAAAUUGCUUUGCAUGUUUGUAGAGCUGUAAUUAGACCUUCUCUGACUGGGCUUCUGCCAAAAUGUUUAUAUUUUGCUUGUACUGAUUAUGCAGAGUAAAUAUGAAUAUUUC